CCCCGGGCCACCAUGGUGCUGCUGUCCGGGGCCGGGGAGCAGCUGUCGGGGGAGCGCGUGUACCCCGCGCCGGCGCCGGACAUGGCCAGCGCCGAGGAGAACGACCCCGAGCAGGGUGCGGCGGGGGCAGCCGCCGAGGGGCUGGGCGAGGAGCAGGAGGAGGAGGAAGAGGAUUGCGAGGAGUACGAGGACUUCUCCGAGCUUCCCGACACCUGCAGCAUCGCCUCGGAUGACUCCUUCUACCCGCCGCGGGGGCUGGAGGACGAGGAGGACCAGUGGUCCCUGGAGGAAGGGGGGCGCGACAGCCCCGAGGCUCUCACCCUCUUCCGAGCCUGCUGCACCAACAACACCAUAGUGCUCAAGGCGCUCAUCCGCCAAGGCCCCGAAGAGGAGGAGGUGCGGGAGACAGACCGUAACCGCCGGAAUGGUCUUAUCGUUGCCUGUUACCAAGGUUAUGUGGAUAUUGUAAUAGCCUUAGCACAAUGCCCACACCUUGAUGUGAACUGGCAAGACAAUGAAGGAAACACGGCUCUCAUUACAGCUGCACAGGCAGGGCACAUAACCAUUACAAAUUACUUGUUGAACUAUUUUCCUGGGCUUGAUAUUGAGAAGAGGAAUGUGUUUGGAUUCACAGCACUGAUGAAGUCUGCAAUGCAGGGCCGAACUGAAUGUGUGAAAGCCUUGAUGUUGGCAGGGGCAAAUGUUCAUGCGACUGACCCAAGCCGUGGACUGACUUCAUGGGAAUGGGCUUGUUACACAGGAAGAUCAGAAUCUGCCUUCAUCAUGCAAAAGCUGAUGGACAGGCCAUGCCCUGAACAGCUUUGUGAUCAAUAUAAACCAGAAUGGCCAAAGAUGAAGGAACUUCUUGCCAAGGCUGCAGAGCCAAAAAGCUGUUUGCAGAGGUUUUCUGAGUGCAUGAGGGCAGCUAUCUCAUUCCGGUCUUUCUAUGGCCCAGAAGAAGACGGGGUCCUUGACCAUAUGGUGAAGGUGACAACAAGUUUGCGCAGUCCUUUCAUUGCCCUGUCCUGCCGGACUGUGUGCCCAGGCAGCCCGCCUUCUGUGGGGAAACGCAGACUGGCUGUGCAAGAAAUCCUUAGGCAGCAGAGAGCCGAGGAGAUCCGAUCUCAGGACAAAGAUCACAUUAGCAGCUACGAGAAGCUAUUUCAGAACUCCAAAGUCACACUGAUCCCCAAGAAGAAGGACCGGCGAGCCAGCCUGCAGCCCAUCAGCCUUGCAGUAUCUCAAGUGAACACCAUAGCCACUAGGAAAGCAAGCCUCUUGCCACUCCACCUGCUCAGAAGGAGCAGCGUCAGGCCAGGAUUUGUAAUCCCCAAAGUCCGAGUCAGCAAGGCUCCUCCUCCCACCUUCCAGCCAGAAAAUUCUAGAAGGAGGAGUAGUGCAAAGGAUGACCCCUAUCUGCAGAUUCCCAAGUGGAGGUACAAGGAGCUAAAAGAGGAGCGGAAGAAGGCAGAGGAACAGGAAAAGAAGAAAGCAGCAGAGGCUCAAAAGCUGAAGCAGGUGUCUCCUGCCAGAUGCAGGACCUGAUUUAAAGGCAGCUUCUUAGAAGGUUUUUGAGCCAUUAGUCUUGUUGUCUGAGCAAGAUAACAGACCGAAUGCCUUUGUGCAUGCCCACUGCUCAUGGAGAUGGAAUACUGAAUAAUGGCCUUUCAGGUGCAGAAACAGGGCAAGGGCUAUGUUGUGGCGUGUCUGAUGGUGGAGCAGGAAGGUGUUUUGAGGUGGAAGACUUACUAAGUUUGCCUGUCUGCUGUUGAUAGGAAGUUGUCAGUGGGGCAGUCCUUUUGCAGCUUCCUUUUUUUUUCCAGUUCCAGGUGAAUGACUGAGAAAUGGCUUGAAAAACAACAUGUGUGAAGGGAUCAUGUUUUGUGUUUGUUCAUUUUGUAAUGGGCAAAAUUAAGGAGUUGUGUUUUUGACACUAGGCAUUCCUCCCUCUCCUUCCUUAGGUAGAUGUAUUUCAAGGUUUUAUAGUAAUAAUAAAAAGUUUAAAAUAUACCACAGUGUUGGUGGGCAGUGAAAAUCCAGGUCUACAAUCAUUCUGGAUAUACUAAGCACUUUAUUUUAAUCCCAGUAAUCAAAGUUUAAGACAGGAUAGGUAUUAAAAUUUACAGCUCUAUACAGUCUGUAUGGAUGCAGUUCUCAACGCUAUUUUUUGUUCAGCUGAACAUAAAAAGGGCCGCAUAUGGAAUACUUCUGUAGCUGAGGUAUUCACAUCCUCUGCAGGUAUAAAUCAGGGCAGGAGUGAUUUUUUUUGAGCAACAGAGAAGCUGAGCUAAUGCCCCUGGAUCACCUGAGAUUUGCCACCCCCAUUCAUUUUCCUCGUAGCUGCCAUUUGUUGUCUCCUCUUUAGUCUCAGGGAAUUUUUUGUCAUUGUGCUUAACUGUGAAACAAAGGGAGAUGGGGAGACAUAGGUGGGGAUUUUUAGGUUGAUAUUAAAGUUCCUGUUAAAAAAAAAGCAGCCAGAUUUAUUGUGAGCCUUUCCUGAUUACAGCCAGGACAGGAAAAUUAUGCAGCUUCUAGCAGUUCAAGCAAUUUUCCCGGGUAUAAAAUCCACCCACAUGCUACGAAC